CUCACUGAUCAUUUAACAUUAUUGCAAGACGCCUAAGUUUACUAAGAAGCAACGGGAACAUUUCAACACAAACAUUUAUGUCGAAAUGAAACUCCGAUCAAAGUCCGUGAUUCCUGCCCACGAAAAGGUAAAUAAUAAUCGAAACAACAACGACAGAGGCGUUUCAGCGAAGUUAUUGAAUGGAAAAAGCGGGAAACAUGUCCUUUUAUACAACGUCAGUGAUGUUCCACCCGGCCUUCACGAAUCAUUCGUCAGAACAGGAUACAGAAAGCCUAACAGCACUACCUGGGAAUGUCUCCAAAGCCUCUUUUACGUCAACAACGAGUCUUUCAACAUGUGGAGUCAUAUCAUAGCAGUUUUGUACUUUAUUGUGCGGUAUACAGUAGUUCUGCUUGAGUUACGACAACCGAGCUCGCCUCAGAGAGAUUUCUAUUGGCCAAUGUUGUCAUCGUUUAUCGGAACAAUCACCGUGUACACAUUGAGCGUCACUGCUCAUGUGUUUAACUCCAAAUCGGAAAAGAUGCACAGAGUUUUCUACUUCUUCGACUAUGCAGGUAUCAGCAUUUAUACCUUCACUUCAGGCCAAGUAAUGUAUUACUACAAUCGACCAACUAACACCCAGUGGAGAAUUUUCGAAUCAGCAGUGAUGUACACGCUCCUGGGCGCUGGUUUAUCUUUUUUGGCAACGUUCUAUAGCUGCAAGAGCAAAGUACAUCUUCAAAAAUACGGACCAGUCAUCCGUAUAAUCGCAGUGUUCGCUGGCUGGAUCAACACCGUGCUCGCUCCAACGGUUGGCGUGACGAUGUGUAGCUGUCACGAUGUCACGAAAUGCCAGUCCUUCGUUUCCUGUAACGAAUUGCUCGUUACGUAUUAUUGGCGUCACUGUUUUUGUUCCGUCGCGGGGGGAGUGAUUUAUGGUAGCAGACUACCUGAGCGCCUUCUGCCAGGAACAUUCGACAUCAUAGGAAGCAGUCAUCAUUUUCUUCACAUCUUUGGUGCUCUUUCCACGGAGUACGCCUUCAAAAUUCUAGAAGUUGCGUUGGAGAGCCGCCGGGACCCGAGAAAUGAAAUUUUGGCGCAGUCACUGACUGAAAUAUCGAGCUUGGAGACUUUGUUCCCAACCAUUGUAGUUUUUGUUGUAAAUAUUGCGAUAGCAUUUUGGUUUGCGAAGUCGAUUUACAACUCUAAAGAUCCUGUGAGUAGGAACGAAAUGUGAUGUUCUAGAAUUUCUGGAGUGAGGUACGUAGCAAGCCUAGUUGCCAUGAUAACGGAUGCUAUUUAACACAUGAAAUCCCUUUCGGAUUUGCGUACUAGAAUAUAUUUUGAAAAUUUCGUUGUGUGAGGAAGGGUAUAUGCGCACACCGCAGGGCGUAUGUGUGCCGUGAUCAUUAAUUUUACAAUACUGAUGGUGUUCCAAAAGCCUGAUAAUUUUUCACUUUUUCUAAAUCGUUACAGUAACAGUAACAAUUCAAUCACUACAAUUCGCAAAAUAUGUCAAAAUAGAAUCAUGGCCGAUUUUCGAAUCUGUAACAAAACAGAAAGAAAUAAAAUCUUCGUGGUUCUUGUUUGCCUGAAUAAAAUACGUCCUCUCUUUCACGCG